AGUAAGUGUUUGGAAGGGUAUGUGAAGAGUCCAAGUUAGUUUAGGGAAAAGAGCCAGGAUCCCUGUGGUUUAGGGAGUGGUAACUACUGAUCUGGAGCACUUUCACUUAUACUGGCUCCAGCAUGGCCUCGCCUCUUCAGGCCCUGCAUAGAGUCUCUGCAGGGGUUUUCCUCCUAGCACUUUGGGGUGUGGUGGGAGCAGAGAAGAUGCUGGUUGUCCCUCAGGAUGGAAGCCACUGGCUCAGUCUGAAGGAAGUAAGUGAGCGUCUGGGUGAGAAGGGGCACGAGGUGGUGGUGCUAGUACCGGAAGUUAAUUUGCUGCUGAAAGAAUCCAAAUACUACACAAGAAAAAUUCACCCAGUGCCAUACGGUCAGGAAGAGAUGAAGAACCGUUACCGCUCCUUUGGAAACAAUCAUUGUGCCCCCAAGUCUUUCCCCGACCCCCUUCCAGCUGAGUACAAGAAUAACAUGAUUCUCCUGGACAUGUACUUUGUCAACUGUGAGAGCCUCCUGAAGGACUCCGACACCCUGAGGUUCCUCAGGGAGAGCAAGUUUGACGUCCUCCUCACAGACCCGGCCUUACCCUGUGGCGUCAUCCUGGCCGAGUACCUGGACCUGCCCUCCGUGUACCUCUUCAGGGGUUUCCCGUGUGCCCUGGAGCACGCGAUCAGCAGAAGCCCCAAUCCCGUGUCCUACAUCCCCAGGUGCUACACUCGGUUCUCAGACCACAUGACCUUUCCCCAACGGGUGGUCAACUUCCUCGUGAAUUUCUUGGAGACCCCCUUAUUUCAACUUCUGUACACAAAGUACCAAAACCUCGCGUCGAAUCUCCUCCAGAGAGACGUGCACCUACCCACCCUGUAUCGGAAGGGCUCCCUUUGGCUGCUAAGGUACGACUUUGUGUUGGAGUAUCCCCGGCCACUCAUGCCCAACAUGAUAUUCGUUGGAGGAAUAAACUGCAAGGAGAGAGGAAACCUAACUCAGGAAUUCGAAGCCUACGUUAACGCUUCUGGAGAACAUGGGAUUGUGGUUUUCUCUUUGGGAUCCAUGGUCUCGGACAUUCCAGAGAAGAAAGCGAUGGACAUUGCUGAUGCUUUGGGCAGAAUACCUCAGACAGUUAUCUGGCGGUAUACAGGAACUCCACCAUCAAAUCUUAGGGAGAAUACAAAACUUGUCAAGUGGAUGCCCCAAAAUGAUCUGCUUGGUCACCCGAAGACUCGUGCCUUUAUCACACAUGCUGGCUCUCACGGCAUUUAUGAAGCAAUAUGCAACGGCGUUCCGAUGGUGAUGAUGCCUUUGUUUGGCGAUCAGAUGGACAAUGCAAAGCGCAUGGAGACUCGGGGAGCUGGAGUGACCCUGGACGUCCUUGAUAUGACAUCUGAAGAUUUAGCAAAUGCCCUAAAAGCAGUCAUCAAUGACAAAAGCUACAAGGAGAACAUCAUGCACCUCUCCAGCAUCCACAAGGACCGUCCCAUGGAGCCGCUCGACCUGGCCGUGUUCUGGGUGGAGUUCGUGAUGAGGCAUAAGGGGGCCCCACACCUGCGCCCCGCAGCCCACGACCUCAACUGGUACCAGUACCACUCCUUGGACGUGAUCGGCUUCCUGCUGGCCAUCGUGCUGACCUCCCUCUUCAUCGCCUUUAAAUGCUUCCUCUUCGGCUUCCGCAAAUGCUUCGGAAAAAAAGGGCGGGUGAAGAAAACCCCUAAAUCCAAGGCGCAUUGAGAAGUGGGUGGGAAACAAGGGGGCGUUUUAAUCCAUUCCCUGGUCAGUUCCAACCUGGCAAACAGAGCCAGCAUUUAAUCCAUUUUAUUCUUAUUAUAGACAUACUUUGCAUAAAGUAGAUGCCCCCAGAAUUUUUUAAUGAAAAUAAUCUAAUCUCUAGUCACUACAGGUAAAGAUAUUUGGAUAUUUGUAUUACAUUGUCCCCUCCCCACCUGCAGUGUCCUUAUUUAAUCUGGAAUACGCACAAAUUUCUGAGAGGGUUGAAAGGGUUCCUCUCUCAUUAUGCACUACCAUUUUCUUGCUAAAAUAUGUGGCCCAGGUCUCUGUUGGGGAGCAUGGGUUUCAGAGGUGGUCCUGGCUGCCACCACUACUGGUAACAGUUUUAGCAUCAUUGUCCAGCUUCUAUAGAUUGUUGUGACCGAUUUCCUCACCGGUUACAGGUGAUCCUAAUUCAUACUCACAAUGUGGCAGGUGUCACGUUGCGUAUUUAAAAAAAUAAAUGUUUAUUCCUUUAUUACUUGAAACGAAAAAUGACAGAGAUUCCAUUGAAGACAGUGUAGGAUUUCUGAUUUGGGAAAAAUGAAUGAUGCUACAAAAUUGAUGGGUGAUGCAUUUGAGAGGAUACUCAUAUGCCAAACGGAUAGUGUCUGGCAAGUUUAUUUUUUAUGAAGUUGCUCACAACUAAAAGUAUAUUAAUAAACCCAUAUAAAUUAUGCCCCUUA